CCAACCCUUUUCCAUCAAUAUUUACUUCCUCUUUCAAUUUCUGAAUCGAAUUGGGAAUAAACCCUCCCCGCUCCCCGUUUCGUGAUCGUGAGCAUCUUCAAAUAGCUCCUCUUUCUAUUUCGUCAAUUAUAUCAUCUUUAACCAAUCAGUUUAAAUCUUCAAGUGAUUCUUGCUUUUCGGAAUAUUUAGAGUUCACUCCUUUUCCAAAAUGCCGGCUACAGCAGGUCGGGUUCGUAUGCCCGCUAAUAAUCGGGUGCAUAGUAGUGCUGCCCUUCAGACUCAUGGAAUAUGGCAGAGUGCUAUCGGCUAUGAUCCUUAUGCACCCACGAAAGAUGAUACUAAGGCUACUUCUCAGAGCAAAAGUGAGGCAGACCCUGAGAAUGCUUAUGCCAAUUUUCAGGGUUUGCUUGCAUUAGCACGUAUCACUGGUUCGAAUAAUGAUGAGGCGCGUGGUGCCUGCAAGAAGUGUGGACGUGUUGGGCAUCUUACUUUCCAAUGUAGGAACUUCUUGAGUGUCAAGGAUGAUGACAAGGAGGAAGACCCAGGGGUGAUUCAGGCCAAUAUCAUGGCAGGAUUGAAAAAAAUCAAGGGUAGUGCUGGGAAGAUGAAUGGUAAAGCUGCUGUUGAGAGCUCAGAAGAGAGUUCUGAAGUUGAUGAUGAAACUGAGAGCUCUGAUUCAAGUGAGGAUUCUGAAAUGGAGAGGAUUAUAGCUGAAAGAUAUGGGAAGAAGAAAUCCAGCAGCAAAUCAAAGUCUGCAAAAAGGAAGAAGAAUUUCUCAGAUGAUGAAGAUUCUGAUUCUGGCAGGAGAAGAAAAAGGGGCAGGUCGAAGAAGAGGAGGAGCGGGAAAAGAUCUGGGAGCGAUUCAGAUGAUGAAACUGAUGGUUACAGAAAGAGGAGAAAGGAAAAGCGGAGGAAGAAGGAUGAGUCUUCUGAUGAAGAAGAGGAACGUCGGAAGAGAAAGAGUAGGAAGGAGAAGAGGAGGAGGAGGAGCCAUCGACAUGCUGAUGAUUCAGAUGAAUCUCCUAGGCGGCAUAAGAGAAAGAGCAGGAGGGCCAGAUCACCUUCUGAUUCUGAUUUCAGUGACUCAGAUGAUUCCAGAGUUGGAAGGCAUUUGAAGCGUUCUGGCAAGAGCCAAAAACGGAAAUAUGAAUAUGAUGAGUAGUGUUGUUAUAUUCAGGGAAUGGUUUUAUGCAACAGAUCAUCUCAAUGGCUACUGGAAUGUCAUGGCUGAGCAACUGAUCAGUGUGAAAUACUUCUAUGUAAUCGCGGUCGCUCUUCAAUAUUGCAUGUUCUGAGAAAUGGAUUUUAGAAACCCUAUCUUGUGUAUUAUGUAAUGUCGAAACUCGAAACUCGAAACUGGUGACUUAUGUGUCCUUCAAUGUUUCCCUUUGUAUUCCAUCACCAUGGUGACUGAUUAUGACUUGUAAGUUCUCAGUUGUCAUUUUUUUUUUACCAGAAAAAGCGAAGAAAAAGGCAAAAGUAAUUGUUUUGUUCCGUUAAA